AUGGAUAGUGAGUUUAAUAUAUUUGACGAAGACAGAGAUUUUGAAAGACUCCUGGCUGAAUUCUCUUUGGGCCCCUGAAGAGAUACAAUCGAGCAAGAACAGCACGAAGAUCUAGAUCAGGUGUCUUAUAGUGCUAGCAAUAGAGAGUCUAGUUUCCUGAAUGAUAAUACAGAGGCUAGUCCAUACAAAGAAUUAGGUUACGCAAGCAUAAAAACCUUCCCUGUUGACUAUGAAGAGUGAAAAUAUAACCAAGAAGAGCCUGGCUUACCUUCCAUUUCAGAAGAAUCAGAAGGCUUGCUUUCUAAUAUUUCUCAGACUAGAGAAGAGUCUGAAAAUAAGGAAGAAAAUAUCCAGAUUUCUUCCCUAGAUCCUGCUUCAGAACAAGAAGAUUCUGAAGUAGUUGAUACUAAAACGUCGCUAACAGACCAGACUAAGGAAAGAACCCAAAAGCCCAAGAAGCUGAGCAAGCAACAGACUAAGAUCGAUAUUGACAUGACUCGAGAGGAAUGCUGGAGUUCGCUAAAGGAGUGGUGCUCUGAAGGUGAGAAUGCAUUUGACAAAGAAUUACAUGCAAGAAGACGUGGGCGGCCUGAGAGAAUUCAUAAGAACACCUUUACUAAUCUUAUGAAGCAUUAUAAAAAUAAUUUGAAGCAAGUUGUAGCUAAAUUUUCUGGUCAAGGUAAAAAGAGAGCGGAUUCAUUAAAUACAAGUUUAUUCAGAGGGGUAAAGAGAGAGUCUAACCACUUCUUGGAUAAGAAUGGAAGCAUGGCAAAGAGAAAAGGCCAAAACUUUUCAGACUUCUUCAAAGCCUGGGGAAUGAAUUAUAUCAAAAAUUUAUGAAAGCUUCAUCACAUUGAGUCUCCUGAGGAGAGAGAAGCAUUGUUCUUCUACCACAUCGUGCUCAGCUAUCCUGAGGAGAGAGUCAUGACUGUGCUAAAGAUCUUCUUUGAAAACAAGCCGAAGUUGCUCAAAAGGUAUCGAAACCUUUUAGAAAGAAGAACUGUUCAAUCAAAAGUUGAUAUUAGGGCUUACUAUGCCCAUAAUCCUUACUUCAAGCUUGUCUUUGAUAAUCUCGUUACAAACCUAGUUCAAUGAGGCGAUGAACUAGUGCAAAACAAGACUGUAAGAGCCAAAAUAAUCAAAGGAUGCUACAAAAUUACCAAAGGGGGAAAAAUCAGGAUCCAGCGAAAAUAAAC